AUGACAAAGGAAAAAUUGCAUAAUUUCUACCUGAACUCCAAGGUAGUGAGUGGUACAGUGGGAUCCAGAAAGAACAUCUCACUCUCCGUGCCUGUUAAUUUCACAUUUCAGCAUGAAAAGAUGAAGAGAGAAAAUGAGCUGUCCAUCUGUGUCUACUGGCAAGGGUCGUCUUGGUCUAAUGAAGGCUGUCAAGUUAUUUCUUCAGAUGAAAAUCAAACCCUUUGCAGCUGCAAUCACCUCUCCAGCUUUGCCAUCCUCAUGGCAUCCACCAAAUUAAAGGUGGAUCCUGUGCUGACCAUGAUCACAUACGUGGGGCUGAGUCUCUCUCUGCUGUGCCUCUUCCUGGCAGCCCUCACCUUCCUCCUGUGCCGACCCAUCCAGAACAUCAGCACCUCCCUCCACCUGCAGCUCUCCAUCUGCCUCUUCCUGGCCCACCUGCUCUUCCUCACAGCCAUUGACCGGACAGAGCCCAAGGUGCUGUGCUCCAUCAUCGCUGGAGUGCUGCACUACCUCUACCUGGCCUCCUUCACCUGGAUGCUCCUUGAAGGGCUGCAGCUUUUCCUAACUGUCAAGAACCUCAAAGUGGCCAACUACAUCAGUGCAGGGAAGUUCAAGAGGAGGUUCAUAUAUCCUUUUGGCUACGGGAUCCCAGCUGUGAUUGUAGCUGUGUCUGCAGGGCUUGGACACACCAGUUAUGGAACAGAAACUCACUGCUGGCUCAGCUUCCAUGGAAGAUUUAUUUGGAGCUUCAUGGGACCGGUUUUUGUUAUUAUUUUGAUCAAUUUUUCCUUCUAUCUGACCACCCUAUGCAUUUUAAAAAACCAGCUUAGCUCCCUCAAUAAUGAAUUACCCAGGAUGCACAACACAAGGAUGCUGGCAUUCAAAGCCAUUGCUCAGCUUUUCAUUUUGGGCUGUUCUUGGGGCCUUGGCUUCUUUCUGGUGGAAGGAGUACUGACCCCCAUCAGGUCGGUAGUGGCCUAUUCCUUCACCAUCAUCAAUGUUCUACAGGGCGUCUACAUCUACCUGGUCUACUGCCUUCUCAAUCACAAGUCAUUUGAACCUGCACUGAAGUAG